AUGGCCGAAAGCUCAUCGUAUCUAGAAAAGUUCUCAGAAAGUGAUAUUCACCAAAGGAGCUAUACUCCAAAGCCCGAAGGCAGCAGUCCUGGCAAAUGGCAGAGUUUCAAAGACUCGUUCAAGCGAGCGAACAUUGAUGAAGAGAUAGACCCAGAUCUUUCCGAUAUCGAAAAAGCCAACCUUCUUACGUCAAAGCUGCCGCUUAAAAGAAAGCUAAAGUCCAGAAAUAUCACAAUGAUUGCCAUUGGUUCUUCCAUUGGUAGUGCUCUUUUCGUCGGGUCAGGUUCGGCUCUUAGUACGGGAGGACCGGGCGGUAUUUUGAUCGGAUGGACUGUUACUGGAUUGGCCAUUUUCACAACGAUGCAAAGUUUAGGAGAGUUAUCCGUGGCUUUUCCAGUCAGUGGUGGCUUCAACUUGUAUGCUAGUCGUUUCAUUGAUCCAUCUGUGGGGUUUGCCGUGGCAUGGAACUACUUCAUUCAAUUCUUGGUGUUGCUUCCCUUGGAGCUUGUGAGUAGUUCCAUCACCAUGAAGUUCUGGAAUACGUCAGUGAAUCCUGAUAUUUGGGUACUCAUAUUCUACAUUGUGGUUUGUUCGAUUAAUAUGAUUGGCGUUAGAGCUUACGGCGAGGCCGAGUUCAUCUUUUCAUUGAUUAAAGUUACUGCAGUCAUUGGUUUCAUUAUUGUCAGCAUCGUACUUGCUGCGGGCGGCGCUCCAAAUGGGGUUCAUCACGGCGCUGAAUUUUGGCACAACCCUGGUGCGUUUGCCAAUGGCUUCAAAGGUGUCGCUUCUGUUUUCGUGACUGCUGCAUUUGCAUACGCCGGUGUUGAACUUGUAGGCUUGGCUGCUGCUGAGUCCGAGAACCCAAGACGUGCCUUGCCUCGUGCCAUCAAACAGGUAUUCUGGAGAAUCUUGAUGUUCUACUUGGUUUCGCUUACCUUGAUUUGCUUCCUCGUGCCUUAUGACUCUGACAGACUUUUGGGUGCAUCCUCUGUGGAUGUCACAGCUUCUCCGUUCGUCAUUGCUAUUGAGCUGGGUGGAAUCAGUGGUCUUCCCCACGUCAUGAAUGCUGUCAUUUUGAUUUCAGUCAUUUCAGUGGCCUCCACUUCGGUUUACGCUUCAUCUCGUACCCUUACAUCCUUGGCUGAACAGGGAUUGGCACCUUCAUUCUGCGGUUACGUCGACAGAGCUGGUAGACCAUUGGCUGCCAUUAUCAUUUGCAACAUUUUCGCAUUACUAGCAUUCAUUGCAGCCAGCAACAAAGAAGGAGAAGUCUUCGACUGGCUUAUGAGUAUCUCUGCAUUGAGUUCCAUUGCUUCGUGGAUCAGUAUCAACUGGGCCCACAUCAGAUUCAGAAGAGGUCUCAAGACUCAAGGAAGAAGCACUGAUGAAUUGACAUUCGUUGCCCAAACCGGUGUCAUUGGCUCUUACCUCGGUGGAACCAUCUUUGUCUUGGUCUUGAUUGCCCAAUUCUGGAUUGCCUUGUUCCCAGUUGGUGCCGACCCAAGUGCAUACAAUUUCUUCUUGUCUUACUUGGGAGGUGUCAUUUUGGUUGUCUUUUACGUUGGGCACAAAAUCUGGAAGAGAAACUGGAUUUUGCAAUUGCCUUCCAAAAAGCUUGAUCUUGAUACUGGUCGUAGAGAGCCAGACUUGGAACUCUUGCGUGAACAACUUCGUCAAGAAAGAGCAUUUUUGCGUGCUCUGGGAAAUGUGCCUGUCGUAAUCAAUGCCAAAGUGGUGGGUGGUGGUGCAGAUAUGCAAAAGCUAUUACUGCAACUUCAAUAUGGCACCAUCAAUUCGAGGGCUCAGGUAGCCUGUCAGAUUACAGAAGCAUUGGAGAAGUAUUCUCUUUCGUCAAUUCCCGAGGUGUGGUACCUUGCCCGAGAUCUCUGUGAUCCCCAGAAUCCAAGUGCCGUGAGACGCUCGGCAUUGAAACUUCUAGUUCAAUGUAUAAAGAAAGAUGAAGAUGCAGUGAGUAGCAAGCUCAUGUUUUACUCAGACAUUGUUAGUUUCUGUACGGUUUCGGAAAACAAAAUUGAUGAAGAGUUCGACUUGUUUCUCCAGGCACUCCAGGCUCUCACCAAGGACGGCAGGGACAUACAUGAUCUUUACAUUUACGACCAGGACAGAAGCUUUGCAGAAUUCUUAUAUGGGUGCUUCAAGGUCUUGGCUGGGAAAGCUGGGAAAUACAAAGAUGGGCAGGACCCAACUCUUGUCAAAGAUAGGACAUUUCACAACAUAGUUAACCUCACCGAGUACACCUCCAACUGUGUCCAAUAUAACUAUGCGUUAACAGAAGAUCGAGCCCUUUGCUCGAUUUUAGCUGUUAUAGUAGAGCUGGGCUUUGAAACUACGAAUUCGACUAUCAUAUCUCAGUAUCUCGAGUUGAUAAAAUACGGCAUUGUAAUGAUCUCAGCUUCAGAGGAGGUGUUUCAGCCUGUCAUCAAGCUUCUUUGCUAUAUUUAUACGAGCUUCCCCCGAUUUAAGGAAGUAUGCUCUGACCUCAUAAAACAAUCAUGCGCUGAUUCGCCAACCCUGGUUAUUUCAACAUUGGGGUCAGUCAUCUACAACACGAAUGUUUUGAACUAUCGGGACAUUGAUCCUGAUGCAUCUCUGCAUUCUGAGAAGGACAAACUUCAGGAAGGCUUCCAACAUAUAUCCGCAUGCUUGGGGUCAAUCAGUAUCCUUGAGAGCGUGUUUAUCCAACUCAGCUCAGACAGAAAGAUACCAGACAUUUACGUUGCCGUCGACCAAGCUUAUGAUGACAUAGUUGAUGCGCUUAGUCUCAGAAUUGCAUUCAUUAACUCAGCUUUUCUUAGCAUGUUUGGGAGGCUUUUUGACCUGGAUGAACAUCAGCGAACGUUCUCCAAACAAAGCAUGUUCUCGAAGCUCUUUCCCUUCUACCUGUGGUAUUCAACCUCCCGUUCGAUUUUCAAUUUGCUUCGAUACAUGGAUAUCAAUUCCAGUCAAGACCAUGAAAACUGGCUCACCAUAUGUGAUUCUCUCCUCAAAAGAUACCUACAAGAAGACCUUGCGGCACCAAAGGAAGCAUUAGCGGACUUGUUCUUGAUUCACCCUUCUGCUGUAAGCCUGAGGGUUGCUUCAUUUGUGAUAGAUUUUUACAAAGAUGAAAGGCUUUGUACCGUCAUUGACAGUCACUGGAAGGGUAACUGUCAAAAGCUUCUAUCAGCGUUUUUCUACAAUACCCAAGAAAGAUCUGCAGCAAACAAAGUGAGAGCUUUGCAGACUAUCAAGGACGCUAACGAGACAUCUCUAGCAUUGUUUGAUGAUUCAAGUAUUGGCCGAACAAUAAUUCUUGAAUUAAUCGAAAGAUCUCUACUUGAGGAAGAUAAUGAGAUAGUUGAAUACUUAUUUGGAGAUUUUCUUUUUGAGUUUCUACUGUCCUCACCAACCGGCUUGUUAAAGCAGACAUUGGAAGUGUUCUCAUCUACUCUUGAUUCCAAGCCAAUACUGCUCGAAAGACAAAAAAGUGUUCUCUCUGCCAGUUCAAGAGGAUCCGGUAGAUACUUCCAGUCAUCCCUGCGUCAAUAUUCUGUUGUGUCAGAGAAGAGUGCACUGCUGCAAUUAACCCCAAAUGAAGAAGUUUUCACUCGAUUAGCGGAAACAGCAUCAAGGUAUUUCAUAACGUCUGCAUCUACGAAUCCGAGUGCUUCAGUGCUAUUCUACGAGUUUGUCAUCAAAUUCUUGCAUUUCUGCAUUGAUCAAGUACUCGUUUCACCACUGAUUGCGUUGUUAAGGAGUUUGGUCCGCUUAAGAGUUACAAACCGGGGUGUUAUUUAUUUUGCUGAAGUAACUGACAUGGGAGGCCUUGCUAGUGCUUUCAAAAGAGGCUCAUCGGAUCCAAACUUUGAUGGAAGCAAAACAAUACUUUGGGAGUAUCCGGAAAGCAAACAGUAUAUCCCGGAAACGAAUCUCGACAAACCAACCAAGGUGAUUUUGCGGUCUAAAGCUCAAGCUGAUGUCAAAGCAGGAGAAGGAGACGCAGUCUUAGAUAUUGGCCCCUGGCUAAGUGUUGUUCAGCAAAUCAUCACAGGAUAUUACCAUUGGGAAAUCUUCUCAUUUGUCUGGGCUCACUAUUGCUCGCAGUUAUCCAAUAUGGCUCUUUUUGAAAACCAAGAGGCACAUAUUCUUGAAUUGCAGAAAACAGUCUGUGACCAGCUCGUCCUUCACUUACCUACUUCAGAAGCGUUUCCCACUGAACAUACGAGCGUCACCAAAUCCGAUCUCCAGGUGGCUUUGGUUCGAAUUCUUUCAUCUUUGCUUGGGUAUCAUGCGAUCUUUAGUAAAGCAGAUGAAGAUCAAGUGGUGAGCUCUAUCAUUUUUGCGAUGGGCUCUUACGAGAGGACAGCAAUUCCAUGUAUUCAUAUAUUGAAUGUUUGCUGCUACGAGAUACCACUCUCAAUUAAAAAAUUCUUGACUGCUAUCCUUACAAGAUUACAGACUGGAGUAACAAGCUCAUUUGCCAGUCCACCAACUUUGGAAUUCAUGAUGUCAGUGAUCAGUCUGCGGACGCUCACUUCCAGCUUCACCAUUGAUGACUACAAGCGUUUCUUCGCCAUUGCCUUUAAAUACAUCCAGUACGCUUCUAUGUUGAAAGCUCAAAUGGCGCAAAAUAGGGAACUUAAAAACCAAGACGAUGUUCUUCAGCAGCAUGGCGUGGAUGCUGAGGUUGAAAAGAAAGCUUCUACUCAGAUUACUCCAAUCACCCCAAUCAUGAAUGAGUACCUUUCCCUCAUCUCCUACAAAUUGAUUGCCCGGUUGUUUCUUACAAUUAACCUCAGCGAAAGGCGAAAGUUGAGUCCUUUUAUUUUGCGGAACUUGGUUGUCGCAAACCAGAUUGAUGACAAGGAAAUCAAACACGAGCCAACGGUUGCAUUGGCUGAUUUUCUUGUGCGCUUCUCUUGUGGCGACAUCCCGCUCAAGGUUGUCACACCUCCCAAGCCAACGAAUGAUAAAGUAAAUGAAAUAACAAGCAGCUGGCUUCUAGGACGUGUCGUGUUAACAAUAUCAACGAAUUCGUUGAACGGAGAUUCUACCAUCACGGUGAGGAGACCUGCAAGUGUAGCUGUUUUCCGGUUGCAAUUGGAUCCAUCAAUGUUACAAACCACAACACAUGCUGAUGGAAGCAGAAAAAUGGUACUCAAUUCUUAUUUCUUGCUUCAGGUCAUCAAUUUUUUGGAUGUAAAGGAAGACCUAAAGCCUAUUCCGCUACUCGAUGAUGCUGCAACUUCUCGUGCAAUUGGAACACUUGACAGGACCCCAGUUGUCUCUUUUCACAAGGCUGGGGUUAUCUAUAUUGGGCCAGGCCAGUCUGAUGAAAAAGAUAUUCUAGGCAAUACUGUUGGCUCACCCAGUUAUCACAGGUUCCUCGAUCAAUUAGGAAAGCUUAUCCGCUUGAAAGAUGCAGAUUCGGUCUACGCUGGUGGUUUGGACAAAGAGAACGGAAGUGAUGGAGAGUACGCAUACAUUUGGAAUGAUACAAUCUCCCAAACCGUCUUUCAUGUUACGACGCUCAUGCCCAACGUGGCUUCAGACAAAUACCAUUCAUUCAAAAAGAGACACAUUGGUAACAACCAUGUGAAUGUUUAUUUUGAUGAAUCCGGACAUGCUUUUAAUUUUAAUAUUAUCAAGUCCCAGUUCAAUUUCCUCAACAUUGUGAUUACACCUCACACGGCGCUCCAAAGAACCGUGGGCAAUGCUGAGGCCAAGGUCUUCAAGGUCAAGACGUUUCGCCGUCACGGAGUACCCGGCAUUUUUUCCACGACCCAUUUCAAAUUGAUCUCGGCGGAACAAUUGCCCAUACUCAUUCGGAACGCCAUUUUAAUUUCCGACAAGUUUGCACAGGUUUGGCAUAAUUGCAACAACGGCGAAUAUGUUUCGAAUUGGCAACUCCGAGUCAGGCAAAUCGAUUCGUUACGGGUAAGAACGAUGCAGUUACACAGAAGCAAUCAAGAGGAACAAGAGAAACAAGGGCGUGAGAAGACGAAGGCGUUAGACGGGCCCGCCGGAGGGGCGAAUAUGUCAGCGACUGACGUCAUUUCGAGCGACAUGACAAAUUCGUUUUUGGAGCAGUUACAAGGCGGUGCUAAGGAGGGUGGCGGAGACGAUACUAUUCAAGCAAGUAACUUCAGGUAUGAGUAUGUCACUCAGGACGAUCAUGGAGCAUACCAGCGGCUUGAGUUUGGGUCAUACACCUAG